AUGCGCACUCUUCAGAUUGCAAAUAAGACGUUGCGCCGCCUCAGACACUGGAGCGUAACUCACUCAUUCAGGAUAUACAACUCCACGUACGUCAACGCCAUGGAAGUCACCCGCGUCCCGCGCAUCACGCAGGCAGAUGUCGCCGCCUGCGACUUUUCCUUCACCAUCUCCGAGGUGGUCGCAAAGCCGUACCAUCACCUGGCGCUAGAAGACCAGCCCAUCGCCACGUCGCCCGUGGUGCCGCCACGCAACAAGUCGUACGGCUUUUCCGAAGAUGACUUUGACGAGCCCGGAUGUGCCGCGAGCGUCAUCCUCGCGCUGACCGCGCCCGAACACGACGUCGGCGGCGGCGGCGACGAUGACGGGGCCAACAAGGGCCGUCGUCGCAUUCUCGGCUACGCGUUCGCGUUUCAAGACUGGAACGGCAUGGCGACGCUCAACACCAUUGCGCUGGACGCGAGCCUCCGCGGCAAGGGCCAGGGCAAGAGGCUGUUUGACGCGGUGGUGCAGUGGGCGAGCGAAGAGGGCAUCAAGGGUAUUCGUGUUGAGUCGCAGAGCAACAACGUGCCCGCGUGUCGCUUCUACAAGAAGCAGGGGCUCUCCUUUGGGGGGUAUGAUGAGUUUGUGUAUAGGGCGAUUGACGAGCACAAGACGGAGACGGCGCUGUAUUGGUAUUAUAUGUUGGAUGAUGGUGAUGAUGAGGCUGGGAGGUCAGACGCCAAGCAGGCUUGA